CGUAAUAGAGGAUGACAUGAUUUAAUAACGCCGCAGGAUGCCGAGCUGCACCACACCACUCACGUCUGACUGGCACUCGAUCAUGUACCCGCUCAAUAAUGCAGGACUUGGGAAGGGUUUGGAGACCAUCGCUCCUCUGGUCCGCUCUGUCGAGGAGACCCCUGAUCCGAUCCCUGCCGACGUACAAGGGACCAUUCCCCACUGGAUCAAUGGCAGCCUGCUCCGAAACGGCCCGGCAAAGUUUGAGUUUGGAGACACGCACUACAACCACUGGUUUGACGGGAUGGCCAUGCUCCACAAGUUCAAGAUAGAGGAAGGCCAGGUGACGUACAUGAGUCGCUUCCUGCGCAGCGACGCCUACAAGAAAAAUAGCGAGCAGGACCGCAUCAUGGUGUCAGAAAUUGGUACUGCCAGCUUGUCCGACCCGUGUAAAAACAUCCUCCAGCGAUUCUUCUCUCGCUUUGAUAUGAUAAAGCCAACAGACAAUGGCAAUGUCAACAUUGUGAAAUAUAAGCGAGACUACUAUCUCAGCACAGAAACCAACUUGAUGCACAGAGUGAACCCAGAGAACCUCGAAACACUGGAACAGGUUGACUGGAGCACGUUUGUUGCCGUUAAUGCAGCAUCCGCCCACCCUCACUACGACCCUGAUGGUACCAGCUUCAAUAUAGGCAACUCCUAUGGAAGAAAAGGAGCCACGUACAACAUCAUUUGUGUACCUCCUGAGAAGUCAAACGCAGAAGACACCCUGCAAGGCGCCAAAAUUCUCUGUUCAAUCGAACCUGCAAACAAGCUGCAGCCCUCCUACUACCACAGCUUCGCAAUGUCGGAGAACUACGUGGUGUUCAUUGAACAGCCAAUUAAAAUAGACUUGAUGAAGCUACUCACAUGCAUAAUGAGGGGCAAGGCGCUCUGUGAGGCCAUCUACUGGGACCCCAAGAUGAAAACCUUCCUGCACCUCAUCCACAAGCGUACAGGCCAGGUCAGCCAAGUGAAGUACUACACCAAACCUUUCGCCAAUUUCCACCAGAUCAACGCCUUUGAAGAGGAUGGGUUCUUGAUGCUGGACCUGUGUUGCUUUGACGACAGCCGAGCGCUCGACAUCUACUUCCUUCAGAAUUUACGCAAGUCGGGCGAAGCGCUAGAUGAGGUCAGGAAACAUUCACUCAUUGCUCCUCUUAAUUCUUUGCACAUUACGUUGAUCUGUUUAUAUACACAGAAAGUAAAAAAGUACACAGGUGGUAUUCUUUCCAUUCAGGUGUACAACAGCAUGAGCAGAGCUCUCCCUCGUCGUUUUGUCUUACCCCUUCACGUGACCGAUGACACGCCGACUGACCAAAACUUGAAUACUCGUCCUUCCAGUUCAGCAACGUGCGUCAAAACCAGCAACGCUAAGGUGUUCUGCCAACACGAGGAUCUCCACGGCGAUGACCUCUACCAGUACGGUGGCCUGGAGUUGCCUCACAUCAACUACGAGCGAUACAACGCGAGGCCUUAUCGUUAUUUCUACGGUUGCGGCUUCAGACACCUGUUUGGAGACUCACUUCUCAAGAUGGACCUGAACGACAAGACGUUUAAGGUCUGGCACCAGAAGGGCCUCUUCCCAUCGCAGCCGGUGUUUGUGCCCUCACCGGACGCCGUGGAAGAAGACGACGGGGUCAUCCUCUCUGUGGUUAUCUCCCCUUCGCAGAAUGAGAGCACAUUCCUUCUGGUUUUGAAUGCCAAGACGUUUGAGGAGUUGGGAAGAGCCAAUGUGCCUGUCAACAUGCCCUACGACUUCCACGGUGUCUUCAACGCAUCUGCUUGAAUGUUACGUCUCCUCAAUAAUAACAUGAAUAAGCAUGCUACACUACUCCAAAAGCACAGUGACAUAUUACUUCUAUCAUGAUGGUACCGAACUGAUUUGCUGCUGUAUGCCUUGAUGAGAUACACUGCUUUGUUACCAACCUGAUGCAUAUGAAUACAAUUGAGUACCGGGUUUAUGUUGGAAUUGCCUGUGCGUAGCUUUUGUAUGAGCACAAAACUGCUGAACCUCACCCGGGAAACGCAGCACAAUCCACAUCACAUAAUCCACAUCAUUUGAAUGCUGCACUUUUUUUUUUUUUUUUGCUCUUUGUGUAUCUUUUGUAUAAAAUUUUGAAUGCA